UUUUUACUUCACUCUUUAGUUCAGUUCUGGUGCGCGGAUGAGAGCGCAUGUUGGCGUUCUGCUGAAGAGAUUUUGCGAAACUUUAAGGAUGAUAUACCUUGGAUGUUUCCUGCUGCUGUGUGGGCUUACGCAUGUCAUAGCAAGCUAUCCCAUCUGGUGGUCACUAGCAGUAGGCCACCAGUAUUCAUCAAUAGGUACCCAACCUAUCCUUUGUGCCAGCAUACCAGGUUUGGUGCCAAAGCAGCUGCGCUUCUGCAGGAACUACGUUGAGAUUAUGCCCAGUGUGGCCGAGGGGGUAAAGAUUGGUAUUCAAGAGUGCCAGCACCAGUUCAGAGGCCGGCGCUGGAAUUGCACAACAGUCAAUGACAACUUGGCCAUCUUUGGGCCAGUUUUGGACAAAGCUACUCGAGAGUCUGCUUUUGUUCAUGCCAUUGCCUCAGCGGGGGUUGCCUUUGCUGUGACCCGGGCUUGCGCUGAUGGUUCAGCCACCAUCUGCGGCUGCGACACACGUCACAAGGGCCCCCCUGGAGAGGGAUGGAAGUGGGGUGGCUGCAGUGAGGAUGUGGAAUUUGGAAGCAUGGUGUCCCGUGAGUUUGCAGACGCGAGGGAGAACCGCCCAGAUGCACGCUCUGCAAUGAAUCGCCACAACAAUGAGGCAGGAAGAACGUCCCUCAACGACAACAUGUUCCUGAAGUGCAAGUGCCAUGGUCUCUCAGGAAGCUGCGAAGUCAAGACAUGCUGGUGGUCCCAGCCGGACUUCCGAGUCAUUGGCGACUACAUGAAGGACAAGUACGACAGCGCGUCUGAGAUGGUGGUGGAGAAACACAAGGAGUCCCGCGGUUGGGUAGAGACGCUGAGACCCAAGUACAACUACUUCAAACCACCCACAGAGCGUGAUUUGGUUUAUUAUGAAAGCUCACCCAAUUUCUGCGAUCCCAACCCAGAGACAGGCUCUUUUGGCACCCGGGAUCGCAUCUGCAACCUAACAUCCCACGGCAUAGACGGCUGUGACCUGCUGUGCUGCGGCAGAGGUCACAACACCAGGACUGAGAAGAGAAAGGAGAAGUGUCACUGUAUUUUCCACUGGUGCUGCUACGUCAGCUGUCAAGAGUGUGUGAGAGUCUACGAUGUGCACACUUGCAAAUAGACUUGUAGAGGUUCUCAAGAAUCUGACAAUUGUUUCACAGGUUUCUACCUGUGAAACAUGUGUCGUAUAAACACACACAAAUGACUGUGUGUUCUAUGUGGGGAUGCUACGCAGAGCUAGUCUCUGCUCAAAUCAGCUGAAAGUGUUGAACAUGUAUCCAUACUGAGAGCAUCCUUCAUGAACUACAAUGCUUCUAUCUAUGUUUUAAAAGGUUUUCAUGCUGAAGUAGGAAUAAAAGACUGCUGACAAAUUAACAAACACCAUAUUGGUGUUUCUCUUUCAUGUCAAUAGUAGCUAUUUCUGUCAAGAAUUAAACAGCAAUGCCAUUGUUAUCAUCAAUGUUUAAUCAUCUUUUGAUUUUGACAAAAAAAAAAAAAAACUUUACGUUACAAGAUGCUCAACAGCAUGC